AUGGCGGGUGACCUGGGCAAAGACGAUGCGAACGAGCAGAUCAACUCCUCAUCUAGUGAGUUGGAAGUCGAUGCUCCGCAGCUUCCUUCACGCUUCGCCGAUGAAAGCUUUAAGCUGUUCUCGAAAGUUAAGGUCUCUGAUCCCACUCAGGAAGAGGCACAAGAGAUCAAGAAGAAGUUGGUCCGUCGGAUCUUGCCAUUCCUAUGCGUAGGCUAUCACUUAAUGUAUGUGGACAAACAGACGUUAGGGAGCUCGGCAAUUCUGGGUAUUCUGAAAGACAAUCACCUCAAUGCGAAUCAAUACAACUGGCUAUCAAGUAUUUUCUACUUUGGUUACCUGUUGGCGGAAUACCCUCAAAAUUGGGCUCUUCAAAGAUUUCCCGUCGGGAAGUGGUUGGCCGCGAAUUUGAUUCUCUGGGGUGGGAUAGUUUUGUUGCACAUUCCCUGCCAGAAUUUCGCAGGCCUUUUCGUGGUCCGUUUCUUUCUUGGAACAGCGGAAGCAUGCAUUGUCCCGGCCUUUCUGAUAACACUGUCUAUGUUCUUCACGUACCAUGAGACAUCCUAUCUCAUGCCUAUUAUGUGGGCAUGCGGGAAUUCUAGUCCAAUUACAUCUGGAUUAUUGUCAUAUGGCGUCUUAUGGAUCAAGACAGGUGAUUUUGCUCCGUGGAAAUGGUUCAUGGUGAUCACCGGCACCAUCACCAUAAUCUAUGGAUUAACAGUCUGGUUUCUUUUUCCAGAUAGCCCGCUACAUGCAAGUUUCCUCACACCUGAGGAGCGCGCCAAAGCCAUCCUUCGAAUCAAAGAAAAUCAUUCCGGGAUUGAAAAUAAGCGCUUCAAAAGACAUCAGUUCAACGAAGCUCUCCGUGACCCGAAAACCUGGCUCUUCUUUCUACAUGCCUGGUCUCAAGAAAUGGCCAACGGUAUCACGAACCAAUACUCGCUGAUUAUCAAAUCUUUUGGCUUCACAACCCUGCAAACUACCUUACUGGGCUGCGUAACGGGCCUAGUAUCUCUCUGUUCCCUCAGCUUGGCCGCAUACUUUCUCUUCAAGACUCGCAAUUGUCGCGCUUGGAUUUCCGUCGUCGCGUAUAUCCCUGCCGCUAUUUCCAGUAUUCUGCUGCUGAGCUUACCGUGGUCAAAUCGUUGGGGACUCGUCACGGGAAUUUGGAUCCGUUCGACAGCAGGCAUUCCCUACGCGGUUGUCAUGAUCUGGGCGGCGAAUAACUCGGCAGGUCAUACAAAGAAGACGACCGUCAUUGCGUUAUAUCAUGUUGGUUAUGGACUGGGAAAUAUUUUGAGUCCUCAGCUUUUCCGCCCGAAUUGGGCGCCGAGGUAUUAUCCGACAUGGGCGAUUAUCUUGGUGCUCGCAUGUAUCCUUCCCUCUGGCAUCAUACUUUACCUGCGUUACUACCUGGUUCGGGAGAACCGACAUCGUGACGACCUGGCCGCCAGUGAUGCCGCUCGAAUUUUGCAUAAAGGUGUCGUUGAGGAUGUUGAUGCGGAUGGGACACGCACUCAUACUGUUGUUGAUAACAACCAGUUGGAUCUAACGGAUCGAGAGAAUCUGGAAUUCAGAUAUGUUUUGUGA